AGUACGCCACGGACCAUAGGCAGUUGAAGACGCUUGAUAUAAAAAAAGGUAGCUGUUAUCUAUGACUUGACAAGCAAAAGGCGCGAACUGCGCGAUUUAAAAAAUGAACUGUUAUAGAACUUAUACCCUAUUCUAUCUAUUAGACAAUAAUUUACAGCAAUAAUUAUGUGUUAAUAAUGUUAGAGUGAUAUUUUAAGUUAAAAGUGUUUUGUGCCUCAAGUAUUCAAAUGAACGAAAGUGCCGACCUUAAAUUUUAUGUAUGAUUUAUUCAAGCCCGUGGAUAAAUUUAUUUUUGCUCAUGGCAAUUAAAAUGAACGGAAGAGGAGAUGGACGCGACGACCGCUUGGAAGCGGUCGCACUGGCGAGAGAUGCAGUCCAUCCUCCGGCGAGAGGGCUCGCAGAAAGACGAAGUCGAGUGCUGCCCCUCGGUCGUCGAGAUGGUGGAGACGAAGGGUGGCAAAACACCCUCCGGCCUCUACGUGGAACUGUACAAGGACGGCGAGAACACACAAAGACUUUACGAACUUUCAUGUGCACCUGGCGUCAAGGACAUGCCGUGUCGUUUCGUUGACGCGCGUCUCUACAACCACUCGAAAUGCGUGCAAAAAUAUUCGUAUUCCUACGCGUUGGUCCGUUAUACCACCGAGGUGCCCCACCGGCAUCGGAACGAGGGCCACUUCUCCGUCCCGGGCGGGUGGUCCAUGGACUACGUUAUAGUUCGCGCCGGUUGUGAGUGCCAAAUUAAACCGCCUAACCGUAAGUCCGCGCAUCGGAAGCGUCUAGAACGACACAGAAAUAGGAAGAAGAACAGAAGGUUGGAGGAGGACGACGCCAGUGAACCGUUUGGACUUUGAACAAAUUCACGGAGUACACCCGGUUUAGUUUAGUUUUGUUGUGACGUGUCGUUUCCAAAAUAAGCCGAAUAAUAAAAUAACUCUUCAAAUAUAAUUGUGAAUCAAAAAUACUCGUAAACGGUGGAAAUAAAGCUCCUUUAGAGUAUAUUAGUCAGCUAUCUACCAUAGUUUUCAUAAGUGAGCAGGUUACCAAAGUAAUAAUCAAAAUCAGUCCUUACAAACGGCUCUUAGGUUGUUUCUUAUUUAUGUACCAGCAAUGCGGGGCCGCUUUAUCGAGAUCUUAUCGAUAUCGAUACCACUCUACAUCUCUUGAUUUGUCGACAUUAUUCAACGCGGCGUGCGACAACUUUGGUAAUAUCGUGAAACAAAGUCGGAACUGUGAUUAACCUAUAUUUACGAUAUAUGGAUGUACGUAUAAAUUUAUUACGAACAACUUUACAUGAAUGCAAGUGAACAUGCAAUACAAAUUUGUCGCGAGGGGGCCUAUAAUAAUUAUAUAAUAUUUUUUAUUUAGUAAUGUAUCAACCCAUUUAUAACUAAAUAUGUAUACAUUUCGAAUUGAAGAUAAUCAAUCAUAGAAAUAUUAUACACAUAUACACUACACUUUUUAUUCAAAACUGGCGAUCCGCCCUGGCUUCGUACGGGUGAUUUAUGGAUCUCAACAGCAGCGCCACCUACCGGGUCCAAUUGUGAAUCUAAGGCAUCCAGGGACCCACUCAAAUACACACAAAAUUUCAUCAAAAUCAGUCGAGCCAUUUUCGAGUUUUAGUGAGACUAACGGACAGCAAUCGAUUUUUAUAUAUAGAGAGAUAUAAUAAUAAAAAUAAUUAUUAAUAAUUAUUUUUAACAUUUAGCUUCCCAUGCAUCAUCCCCUGCAAGUACUUUAAAAAUGCUUGACAUUGGCUCGUUUAGAUAUAUUACGCCCAACUUAUGUUGCGUUGUUUUCUCACCGACUAAUCAAGAAACUACCAAAAUCUAAAUUCAUAAUCACUAAUGAAGACUAUAUAGCGCGACACGACACGGCACAACAAUAAAUAUCAAACGUUACCGAUGCUAGAGUCAGGAGUAACUAUCGGUAGAUGUAUUUAUAUGUAUUUAUUUUUGGAACCCACUUCUAUACUAUUAUAUAUUACGCUUCUUGCCUCAACUACGGUCCGAAGCAACGCCUUGUAUGUGCCUUAUCGUCUAACAGCUAAUAUAUGCCAAGUUUAUUGAAUCGCAUAAAAUUUUAAGUCAAAUGCUAUGGGUAUCUUCCCUAUAUAAUUACUAUAAAAUUAAAAAAAAGUCUGACGACACAACAUUGCAGUUUAAAAUUAAAAAAUUAUAAGUGUAUUCACAUGGGUUUUAUUAAACUUUUAAAAAUCCGUUACAAUUUCAAAAACAAAAUAUCCAUGUUUAAAAUUAUACCUACUUGGGACUAUAAUAGUUUUUAAAAAUAGUGCCAAAAUCACAAUUUUAAAUUGUAAAAUGUAGUAAUCCGAAAUAACUCUUAAAAUACAACUUUGAUAAAUAUAGCAAAUAGAAUGUAAGAGUACAAAUUCAGUUAUUUCAGGAUUUUAAUUAAACAUAUCAGAUAUAGAUUUCAUAGAAAUCAAAAUGUAUUAAUCUAUAUUAAAGAUAAUUAUACAAUGUUGUACUAAACAAAAGGCGUCGGUUUAAAAACUAAAAUUUACAUUCUAUAGAUAACUGGAAAUGCACUGCAUUCGAAUUCAUAACGUUUAUAUAAAAUAUUAAGUGUUUUGUAAAAUAGUUACCGUUAUGUUUGAUGGAAAAGCGUAACCAACACUUAUUUCUUCGGACAUCACUAUUUGAAAUUUUAAUGUACUAUUAUUUAUGUCUCAUUAAAUGACGUAACAGCGUUUACCGGCAAUAGUUAUUCAAAUAACUCAAUUAAAAUGCAAAAUAUAUUAUCAGGAUAUUUAUUGUAAUGGCUUGUUUAUUAAAUAAUUUAUACAAAUUAUGAACAGUUAAGAACUAGUGAGGAAAUUUUUGACGAUAUUUUAGUAAAAUACAGAUAAUAGCUGUUACAGACAAUAAACAAUGGCUGUUUGAUAGUAUAACCUAUGGUUGACUAUUCCAAUAUUACAUUAUUUUAUCUGUGACUUUAUUUGAUAUGCAAAAUAGUGAUGUCCACAUAGGGUCGUUCCACUGUAUGUAAUGCUCUCUUAUUACCUUUUUAAUUUAAGAGUAUUUAUUCAAAGAUAACAUUUUAUAAUUUUGGUCAUAUUGUAACAGUACUUACUUUUAGGCAUAUAAGUACGUCGAGUCAAAGAUCUGUAUUAUUUUCUAUUUUGUAAUACUUUUAAUGUAUUUAAUUUUAGUUUAAGUAUUAAUACAUUUAUUUAUACUGUUUAAUAAUACGAGGUAUUCCGAUAUUCAGUAUGGAUUUUAGUUACGUAGGAAUCGCUUCUGUAAACUUUUAAUCGAUGUAUAUAGUAACACAAUAGUAUUGUGGACUGAGAUUAUUUUACGCAUUUACGUGUAAAGAAAUAUUAAACAUGAAUGACAAACUUUUAUUCGACAAAGAACUGUAUACACAGCGCCAUCUACCGUUGAAUAGCGAUAACUAAUAAUAUAUUACAAUAUAACGCUAAAUAUUUCAAAAUAUUGAUAACGUUUGGAACCGUGCCAUAUGCGUAAUAAGUGAGAUAUUUAGAUAGAAUUGCGAAUAGAAGUUUGUUAUUACGCGUGAUAUAGUCCUGAUACACGUUAAAUAAGUCCUCGUACUUACUAUUGUAAGGUUCUUCGCUGCCAUAUUCACAAUUUGGGGCUUGGUACAAUGAUAACAUGGUUUGGUUUAUAAGAAUUUUUAAUAUUUUAAAUAUGAAAAAACUCAGUCGUUUCUAAAACAUUCUUACAGUCAAUUUAUUAAAAUAAUUAAGUAAGCAUCGACAUUGUUGAAAAUAUCUUGUAAACUAUUUUUAUAUGUAUUUUUUUUUUACAAUAAGACAAACCAAACUGUGGGUUCGUAGGUCCAGUCAUCACAAACACUAAUGUAAAAUAUUGUUGACAUCAAAAUCAGACACAAUUAAAAUAAAAUUCUGAAAUACA